AUGGCUUCCAAUUGCUAUUUUUACAUUUUUGCACUUGCAUUGUUCUCGAUUACAAGCAACGAGAUGUGUUAUGCUUCACGUAAUUUGCUACAAGCAACCCCAUCACAACCACAACCACAGAUGCCCACAAUCCCGACACUGCCACAACCACAGAUUCCAACUAUCCCAACACUGCCACAGCCACAGAUGCCAACAAUCCCGACACUGCCACAACCACAGAUGCCCACCAUCCCGACAUUACCAACCAUUCCCACAAUCCCUAAUAUGCCUAAGCUUUCCAUGCCUCCAUUACCUUCUAUGCCUACCAUCCCCAACCUUCCAACAAGUCUGCCAAAUAUUCCUAAUUUCUUCGCUCCACCACCUUCAAAGAAGUAG